AAAGAAUCUAAAAAUAUUAAAUCUUCUGACAAUUUUAUUCUUGAGCCGGAGUUUGAAAUCUUUAAAAAAGAUAUAAAUUUAAAUAUUAAUCGUGAUUCAAAUAAGCUUCCUGAUUAUAUAGUUAUUUCUUCAGAUGAUAAUAUUCAACAAUUUUUAGAUAAUGAAGUAAAUAAAAAAGAAAAAAAUAUCAAACUAAAG